CUUCUGUCCUCGCUUCGGAGUGGCACGCCGCUCCAGUCCUAGGAGUCCCACCCUUCACUCAGCCUUCUCCUCCUCGGGCCGGUCCCCGACUUCCAUUUGCCCACCCUAGGGUCCCUGUCCCGGUAUUUGUUCCCCGCCCGGUUGUCCUCUCCUCUGCUCCGCCCAGGGUCCCCUGGCUCAGCCUCGGCCCCAUGGCGCUGCAGAGCUCGGGGGUGACCUUCCGCAAGAUCCUGUCUCACUUUCCCGAGGAGCUGAGCCUGGCUUUCGCCUACGGCUCCGGGGUGUACCGCCAGGCGGGGCCAAAUUCAGACCAGAAGAAUGCCAUGAUGGACUUUGUGUUCACAGUAGAUGAUCCUGUGGCAUGGCAUACAAAGAACCUGAAGAAAAAUAGGAGCCACUACUCCUUACUAAAAUUUUUGGGGCCCAAGAUUAUCACAUCCAUCCAGAAUAACUAUGGUGCUGGAGUUUACUACAAUUCAUUGAUCACGUGUGAUAGUAGGCUUAUCAAAUAUGGGGUUAUUAGCACCAGUAUUCUGAUUGAAGAUCUCCUCAACUGGAAUAACUUAUACAUUGCUGGACGACUCCAAAAACCGGUGAAAAUUGUAGCGAUGAAUGAGAAUGUCAUUCUUAGAUCAGCCCUUGAUAAAAAUCUGAGGAGUGCUGUGACUGCUGCUUUCCUCAUGCUCCCUGAAAGCUUUUCUGAAGAAGACCUCUUUAUAGAGAUUGCUGGACUCUCCUAUUCAGGUGACUUUCGGAUGGUUGUCGGAGAGGAUAAGACAAAAGUGUUGAAUAUUGUGAAGCCCAACAUAGCCCACUUUCGGGAACUAUAUGGCAGCAUCCUACAGGAGAACCCCCAAGUGGUGUAUAAAACCCAGCAAGGCCGACUGGAGAUAGAUAAAAGCCCAGAAGGACAGUUCACUCAGCUAAUGACAUUGCCCAAAACCUUACAGCAACAGAUAAAUCAUAUCAUGGACCCUCCUGGGAAAAACAGAGAUGUGGACGAAACUCUAUUCCAAGUUGCUCAUGACCCGGACUGUGGAGACGCCGUGCGACUCGGGCUUUCGGCAAUCGUGAGACGUUCUAGUAUAAGACAGAGCACCAAAGGCAUUUUUACUGCUGGCAUGAAGAAGUCAAUGAUUUAUAGUUCACUAAAACUGCACAAAAUGUGGAAAGGGUGGCUGAGGAAAACAUCCUGAUUUUGCUGCUUUUAUGUAUAAUAUGUGUAGAUGAAUAUAGAUGAAUAAAGUGUUUGAUGAUUUUUGACAAAA